CUCUUGAACGCACCCCGCCCUCACCACUGUUGUUAGCGGCUGUGUUUGGUAGUGACGCCUUUAGCUUUGCACUAUGGGUCUCCCAGAACCCAUAAGAAGGCGUUUGGGAGAUUUUUCACGGACUGUUUUCGUGAAUCAAAGUCAUUCACAACUUUCGCCCGAGGAUCAUAUCACAUUUCUCGAUCACAAUACAGAUGUUGUGUCCAGCCUGCCUCUUCAGAUGGCUCUCUUCUUCAACAUGUGCUUCUUUCCUCUGUGGUGGAUUAGUGAAGUCGUUAUGCUGCACCUCAAAUAUCCUGCACUCCCUGAUUACUACAAAGUCAUCCUAAUUACCGUUGUAAUUUUAAUGACCCUCAUCGAGGCGAUCAGGCUCUACCUGGGUUAUGCAGGUAAUCUGCAAGAAAAGGUCCCUGAACUGGCUGGCUUUUGGCUCCUCAGCCUCCUUCUGCAGUUCCCUUUGAUUCUGUUCCAGCUCUUCAAUGAAGCUAUACUCAUUCAGCCUUUGGAAAGAGGAGUUCAUAUAGUUCUAGCAUUGUUCAUUUUAACAGAGGCUCUAUCUGGUUUUGUUGCACUGCGUGCAAUGGUCAGACACACUGAAAGCCGCUUCCACCUCAGCCAGUUUAAUGGUAUUCAAGACCACAGAUCAUGACAGCUCUACCACUGAUGAACUGCAUAUCUUUGCAAAUAAUAUACAUAAAAAGACUACAGUGAUUACUUUUAUAUCACAUAUAACCUGACAUUUCAGUAGCAUGUCUACAUGUGCAAAUCACAUAAAAAAAAAAAGUGUUCAAUUUAACAACUUUUUUGGAUUCUGUUUUUCCAAUUUAAAUAAUGACAGUUGUCAAAGUAUUUUAUGUUUUUUUAUUUUUUAUGUAUUCUAUAUUAAAACAAACUUAAAAGAG